GCCGAAGCAGCUCCCCGAGAAGUGGCAGCACGACCUGUUUGACAGCGGCUUCGGGGCGGGGGCCGGCGUGGAGACCGGCGGGAAGUUGCUCGUCUCUAACUUGGACUUCGGCGUCUCGGAUGCGGACAUCCAGGAGCUCUUUGCAGAGUUUGGGACCUUGAAGAAGGCAGCUGUGCACUAUGACAGAUCUGGUCGCAGCUUAGGGACGGCGGACGUGCAUUUUGAGAGGAAGGCUGAUGCUCUGAAGGCGAUGAAGCAGUACAACGGGGUCCCCUUGGAUGGGCGCCCCAUGAACAUCCAGCUGGUGACAUCACAGAUCGACACGCAGCGGAGACCAGCACAGAGUGUAAACAGAGGUGGCAUGACCAGAAACCGUGGGGUCUCGGGGGGAUUUGGAGGUGGAGGCAACAGGCGAGGGACUCGUGGCGGGAACAGAGGGAGAGGCAGAGGAGCUGGAAGAACUUCCAAACAGCAGCUCUCUGCAGAAGAACUAGAUGCACAGCUGGAUGCUUACAAUGCCAGGAUGGACACUAGCUAAAGCAGCAGUGGCGGGCGCAGGGAAGGACUCCGAUCUUGCUCCACACUCCCAGCGGGGGCUGCGGCUGUGGCUACUACUACCGAGGAUGGGAUUUGUUUUACUUUUAUGUUCUGGGAUAGGUUUUAACUCCUGUAAAGGUUUUUUUUAAUUCUGAGCAGACCUGUUUUGUACCGAGUUAUUUUUGGGAUAAAUUUUUCUGGUUGCCUGUUGGGCCGAGGUGGCUUUUUCACCUUUGCCAUAAUAAAAUAGAACCGUGUCUAGAGCUGUG